UCUUAACUUGGCAUCAAUAAAAAUUUUGGCAGGAGCUACGCGGAGUCAUGGUUGGCCUCCCUCGUAUUCGUUGAAAAGAACGCGAAAUGGGUCUUCGCUCUCAGGAGAAUCUGGAGGAGGAGAAAUCUGUUAGAAAAUUUUAUUAGCUUUAGAUUACUAAAAGAAAUGCCCGUUUCUCGGUUUCUUUUCUUUUCCUCCAAACACUGCACAAGAGAAUCUGUCAGUCUUCUUCAGAGGUUUGGACCAUCUAAGGGAAUACAGUCACGUGGCUAUGUGAAAUCUUCAAAGCCGGGUUAUGGAAAGCUGGGUGGUGAUCCUGUAAUGCCUAUAGAAUCCCAGACACGUUCGUGGGGUAUUUAUGCCAUUCCAGCUGCUGUCCUAGGUUUUGUUGGAGUUGCAACGCUUGUUCAUUAUAAUGAUGAGAGGAGAGCGGUUUUGAAAGGUCAGGGAGAUCGUUCUGGUAUCAAUGCUGUCAAGGGGCCAAUUAUUGGUGGGUCAUUCACUCUGGUUGAUAUGGAUAAUAGGGUAGUGACUGAAAAGAACUUCCUAGGGAAGUGGGUCCUACUAUACUUCGGCUAUACAUCAUCUCCUGAUGAUGGACCAGAGCAACUCCAGAUAAUGGCCAAGGCAAUAGACAAAUUAGAAUCAAAACAGGGUAUCAAGGUUUUACCAGUGUUUGUGACAAUAGAUCCUCAGCGUGAUACACCUGCCCAACUUUUUGCUUACCUUAAAGAGUUUGACUCAAGAAUAGUGGGAUUGACAGGACCUGUUGGUGCUAUAAGGCAGAUGGCACAGGAAUAUCGUGUUUAUUUUAAAAAGGUCGAAGAGGAGGGAGAUGAUUAUCUUGUUGAGUCUUCUCACAACAUGUACUUGUUGAACCCAAGGGGGGAGGUCCUUAGAUGCUUUGGGAUUGAGUACACCGCAGAAGAACUAUCAGAAGCAAUCUUUAAAGAAGUGAAUGGAUAUCCAACAUAAUGGCUGUGAAGUUUUCUUUUGCUGCUAAUCUUUUUCUCUUUCUUGCAAGGGAGGGAUUAAAGCUAUCCCACUAAUGGAAGGGAGGGAUUAAGGAUAUCCUGGUAAUCUUUUUCUCUUUCUUGCAAGGGAGGGUUGGAAGGAAGGGAGUAAGGAUAUCACAAAACUCAAUUUUUAGCGUUUCUAGUUUUUACAUAUGAAAAACUUCCAACAGGGCUAAGGAUGCAAUAGCGUAAUUCAAUAGGAUGCAGUGAGUUCAAGGAUUCUGAGGUUCAGUUAAACAAAAUAUGAUUGAAUUGCAAUCUUGUGUUUGAUAGCAGUUGUCGUUUCGCCUUUGUUGUCUUCUAUAAAGUGAUUGAUGGAUCUUUUCCGUUCCCCAGUGUUUAAUUUUGUGGGUUUCGAUGGCAUGUCUUAGUAUCAACUUGUGAGCUUGUUUUUGGUCAGCCACUUGCUAACAAGAAUGAGCUUUCAGCCUUUGCAA